AUGCAUUUCCCCGUCGCGCUGUCUCUGCUGCUAUCUGCCUUGCCCUUGGUCGCGAAUGCGGGCCCCAUCCAAACUGCCGAAAUAAAGAGCAAUGUGGCCAAAGGAUUACGCCUUUUGUCUCUGGCAGAAGGUGCUGAGCCUGUCUGGAAGACGGAAGAUGAAGUGUUUGGUCUUCUCCGGGCUGGUGUUAAAUUCUUCGAUGUCACUGAAGUUUACGAAGAGGAGCAGAAGCUUUCUUCUAGCAGGGUGGCAGCCAAAGCAGCUGCGUUGGCGACAUUCCCAACUUCGGUGUCGUAUAAGUCCGUGUUGACACCUAUCCUUGCGACGGUAUCCACUUCCAACAUGCAGUCGAAACUCAGCACUCUGUCCUCGUUCAAUAAUCGAUACUACAAAGCCUCUACUGGUGCAUCUGCAAGCACCUGGAUUAAGGACACAAUUGCUGACUAUAUCUCAACGUACAAGCGGAGUGAUGUCACCGUCAGCCUUUACGCGCACAGCUAUGUUCAAUCUUCCAUCAUCGCCAAAAUUCCUGGUACCAAUAAGGCUGGACCAGUCACAAUUCUUGGUGCUCACAUGGACUCCAUCAAUUUGAGCAAUCCCACUAGUGGGCGUGCACCUGGUGCUGAUGAUGACGGCACAGGAACUGUCAAUCUCAUCGAGGCCUUCAGAGUUUUGCUUGCGGCUGGAUUCAAGCCAACAAAUCCUGUUGAAUUUCAUUGGUAUGCUGCCGAGGAAGUUGGUCUCCUCGGCUCACAGGCGAUUGCAACCAAUUAUAAGAGCUCUGGGGUCAAUGUCAGGGCAUUCAUGCAACUGGACAUGUCAGGCUACUUCAAACCCGGUACUACCGAAGUCAUGGCCCUCCAAGCGGAUUACAUUGACGCCAACUUGAACACGUUCCUCAAAGCGCUUAUUACUGCUUACUCCAGAAUUCCUUGGGCCAUGGAUAAACCUUGCGGAUAUGCAUGCUCCGACCAUGCCAGCUGGUAUAAAGCAGGAUUCCCUUCGGCUUUCCCUUACGAAGCAGUGACCGGUAACGACAACCCUAAUAUCCACAAGGCAGCAGAUACCACCAGCGUAUCUGGCUUCUCAUGGGCGCACUCACUGGAGUUCGCUAAAAUCGCUGUUGCCUUUGCUUAUGAGCUUGCUAUCUAA